CUUUUACUUUGAGUUCUGCAGUCUGCAGCCAUGGCGCCAAGUACUUAACAUCUAUUGCUGAUCCUUUUUUUCUGACAGAAAAAUGGAAACUGAACAUUUGAUCAGUCACAAGCAUCCACUGAUGUUCAAGGAAGAGCAGAAAGAAAAACAUGGUGGGCUGGCUUUUUGCUCAGGGUGUGCAGAACCUGUGAUUGGCCCUAGCUACUGCUGCACCAAAUACCCGGAAUGCGAUUAUGCGACUUCAUUGUCCAUAAAUCAUGUGCCGAGCUACCUGGUAAGAUUAAGCACCCUAUACACACCAAACACCCGCUUGUUCUUCUCACCAUGGGAGAUUACAGAUGUUUUGCUUGUUUCCUGCAUUACAAAGACGGCUUGGCCUACAAUUGUUCCCUGUGUAACUUCAACCUUGACCUUAAAUGUGCUUCCAAUUGGAGCAACAUUUUGGAAAAUGACUGCCAUGAUCAUGAAUUCACUGUCCUUGCGAAACAAAUGCAGCUCUGCUGCGAUGCUUGUGGCCAAGGUGGGGAUGGAGUCUCCUACCUCUGUAGCGUCUGCCAGCUUUUGGUUCAUAAGGAAUGCAUUUCAUUGCCACGUCACAUCAGAAUAACUCUACACCAACACCCUCUCAAGCUUACAAUUUUCCGAGAAGCCAUUGUCAACGACAAUGAUCAAGUUUGUAAAGUUUGCUGCACAACCAUGACCAGCAAUGGCCUUCUUUAUUACUGUCAGUGUUGCAAUUACAUUGCUCACGCUAGUUGCGCCACACAUAAGGACUUCCGGGAUGAAACGACUUUGUUGGAAGAGGAAAAUCAUGAUCCCACACACAUAACCAUCAAGACAGUUGAUGAUGAGUCCAAAAGUCUCAUACUAGGUGAUGCUAAGGAGAUGAACAUGGAGCAUGAUGCUCACCCACACCUUGUCACCCUAGUUGAUAAAAGAAAGAGCGUCAUUUGUUUUGAUAAGAGAGAGAACAUUCUUCCUUGUGAGGCAUGUGGCAAACCUUGUGAAGGAUUGGUCUUUGAAUGUUCUGGCUGUAAUGUAGACAUCCACCAGUCAGAAUUAAACUGUAGAGGAAGAGAAAUAGAGCUUGAACAUUUCAGUCACAAGAAUCCAUUGAUGUUCAAGGACAAGCAGAUAAAUACUGAUAGUGGACUAGUUUUCUGCGAUGGGUGUGCAAACCCAAUGCUCUACAGUUCCAACCAAUAUCCUCACGGCGGCUUCACUCUCCAUAAAUCAUGUGCGGAGACACCCAGUGAGAUGCAACACCCUCUGCACCCUAUGCACCCACUUGGUCUCCUCACCAUUGGAGAUUACACUUGUGUUGUGUGUGACCAACACUACAAAGACCGCUUGGCUUACAAUUGUUCCCAAUGUGACUUCAACCUUGACCUCAAAUGUGCUUCCAAUUGGCACAACAGUGGAAAUUAUGACUGCCAUAAGCACAAAUUCACCGUCCUUCUGAAGUGGCGAAUGAAAUUUACGUGUGAUGCCUGUGGCCAAGAUGGACAUGGCAUUGCUUAUCUCUGUAGCAACUGUCAGCUGUUGGUCCAUAAGAGAUGCACUUUAUUACCACGCCGCAUCAAAAUAACUGCACACCAACACCCUCUCAUGCUUAGAUGGUCCUUUGAAGCAAGCUUUCAACUUGAUGACCAAUUAUAA